AUGCUCCAAGAUCUGGGUGAUUUCUUACAAUUCCGUCAGAAGAGUACUUGCGGAUUGGCCAAGAAGCCAUCGGUCACAGUGCUGUGUGAUAACAAAUCUUGUGUCCUUUGGUCAAGAAACUGUGAUAGUCCCGAGAUAGUUGAAGCGUCUCGAGCGGUUGAACGUAGGGCCAUUGCUCGUCUGCUGAGCGGACUUCAUGCUGAGUUGGGCGUGCUGAGAUCUCUGUGCUCUUUGACCAUAUCUCACUUAGCUGGUAACCAGAAUCAAUUAGCUGACUCAUUGUCAAGGGCUUACGAUAGGGUGACUCCUAAUGGUAAAAGCCUAGCUGACUGUUUGGUUGGUGUUGGUGAUAUUGCUGAGGAUGUUCCAAGAGAUCCUACACGGAGUGGUAUAGGUUGGUCCAAGCCUGAGUCUAAAGAUCCUCUAGGCCCUGACUGGGAGCCAGAUGCCGAGGAUGUGGUGGUCAGUGAUGAGGCUCUCUGUGCUCUGGACUUGGCUCACGUAGUUCCUGACGAACCUCUUCGUUACCCCUUUAGUUUGGCAGCUGAAGGCCUGUGGAGAGGAGCGUCAACCCUAGACACAGUAUCGUUGCUCGAUUGUGACACUGAUACGAUCCUUCGAGUACGCGACGUGCCAUCUGAUGUUGCUGAGCCUAUCGUCGAGAGGUUCGCCCGUCACUGCUAUGAGAUUUCACAACUAGCUCGGUUGAUUUGGGCUGCUCGGAAUGUUCUGUCUCUCCUCCGAUGCCAUGCUCGAAAGAGUGAGUUCGAGGAGCUAUAUUUCGACCGUGAACAAUGUAAUCAGUUGGCAGCUCGUUGCGUGCAGCAGAGGAGUGCUAAGUACGGUGAGGCCGUGGAGAAUAGUAAAAGUCCUGUUCUCCGUCCAUGUGGUCCUGUUUUUCGCUGUUCUGUCCGUGGAGUUCCGGAAGUUUCAUAUCUGGCAUUCCGUACCGGCUCCGCAGCAGGUUCGGUGUCAUUUUGUCCUGUCAUUCCUAAGGAUACUCCGACAACAUUCUUGAGGACCCUUAUCAUCCGUACUGCUCAUCGUGAGACGAGGCAUGGAAGCAUUCCUGCUUCCGCUGCAUUGAUCACUGACUUUCACCUGCCAUCUAUUAAUCAAGAUGUGAGGAAGCUGGCCAAGGGCUGUUUCGUCUGCCAGAUUGUUCGUGCCCGUCGUGUAUGGACGGAGCCUCCGAGUGUUGGCAAGGGUCAUGCUCUGCGGUUACAGUUCCAUCAGCCUUACUAUCGGGUUGGUAUUGAUUAUUUCUCUCUGGGUGAUCGCCGUAAGAUCGUCAGUAUUACAUGUUUGUUCUCCGGACACUGUACGUGGUAUAGAGUUCCGGCAGGCAAAGAUGGAGAGCGUGAGACGAUUGACGCGACUGUUGCAGUCCUCAGAAGAGCCCAACUCGAGAGGGGCGGAGUAAGGGAGCUCGUGUGUGAUAUGGCUUCUUAUUUCGCUAGUGGUAAGUUCAAGGAUCGCGUUGAGGAGUUGCUCGGUGCCACAGUUGAGCCGCUGAGUGCUCGCAGUCCCUUUGAAGGCGGAAGAUUCGAAAAGCUCCAUGAUCUUGGAGCGAGAAAGAUGCGAGUGUUGCUGCGCGGUUCUGGAGGCAAGGCGAGUAUCCUCACUGAUUUUGAACUGGAUAAUCUGUUAUUGGAAGUGUGUUUUCUAUUGAACACGCGUCCGACACUCUGGUACAGUUAUGAUGCCGAGAGUGGGAAGCAAAGUAUCACACCAGAUUUAUUGUGCUUUGGAUACACCAGAGUUUGUGGCAGGCAGUUCGGAUUUAUAUCUAGAGAAGAGCCGAUCCGACCAGCUCAUGAUGUGACGAAGAUUCGACGUGAGUUUAUCGCAUACCAUUGGCGUGCAUUGAAGGAGCGUUCGCUCGGUGCUGUGAAGUCUAAGUGUCCGGCCAGUCAACACGCUAAAGAUCUCCGAGUUGGCUCCGCGGUUCUUGUAUACGCUCCCAAUCGUAAGCUUGGGUAUCCAUGGAAGAUUGGGCAUGUGCUGUCAUUUCGAGGAGACCAUACUGUUGAUGUUAUCUAUCCUGGGAAGGCACAGCGAAUUGUUACUGAGAACAUCUUCAAUCUUGUGGUCGUGGAACAUGACAAGUCUGGGGAUGCACUAGACAACCCGGAAGAUCCUAUGUUCGACUGUGAACGAGAGUGUCAUAUGUCCCCAAGUUUAGUUGGUAUGCCGCUUUGGAUUCUUCUGAAGGUUAGAGGGCAACGUAAGAAGGCUUGGUAUGCUGCGACUGUCAUUAAAGUUUUCAAGAGCGGUCAUGUCGAAGUGGAUUGGCAUGACGGAGUCUCAGUCCGGGAGCGACUUUGGCUUGAUAGUGAAGAUUGGCAGUUGCGAGAAUAUACCGAUGAAGAUCUACAAAGAGUCGAAGGUGAGAAGCGCAGGUCGGCGGACGGUUCUGAGAAGCAGUUCCGCCGAGAGGGGCGGGAUGAGGAUUGUGUUAAUGGGCGAGCGAGCAUAAAUUAA